GCUAGCUAGCUAUCUUUCUCUUCAGGUAUUUCCCGCCCACCUUGGACUUGAAUGUACUCUGCUAGCCAGCGGUUAGCCAGCGCUAGCUGUCCGAGGGAUUCUCUUCUUGAUAUGCCGGUCUAACACUUAGAGGCAUAACGUUAAUUCACCCACAAACGAACGUUCAGAAGUUGAUAUUACUCUCACGUUUGCCCUCAUCCCGUGGCUUUUUACGCAGGCAGAAAGGCCGUGUGAUGCAGGGGUAACGCUCAGCUCGAUGUCCAGAGUUUCCAGACAGCCCUUGUAUUCGGCGCACACGCUGCUGAUACAGGCGUUCAGUUUGUAUAAUAUCCGUUGUAAGGCACUGCCAGUGGAAUAGGACACUCUGGAACUGCCACACAUCAGGCAAAGGUCACCAUGCUCAAUGUCAUGCAUCAGCUAGAGGGGAACGAAGCCCCCAGCACUGGGCUGUGGAGCUGUGUUCUCUGGAGUGAUGAAGUUCCAUCCAGUACUUCUGGGAUGAGUUGGAGUGGCGUUCGUGAUCUUCAACAGCAGUGUCCGACCUCACUAAUGAUAUUGUGGCCGACUGCAGUCAAAUCUUCAUAUCGUCUUACAUGUGACUGUUAACAAUAUGAGGCUGAGAAUGCGCAAGGCAUCUCAGCGGCCGAACACCGCCCACGCCCCUCAACCGGCCCGGACCAAACGUAGACACCCAAACGAGGAAGAGUGCACAGUCCAAGGAAAGGGCCUUCUGUCCACCCUCAAGAACUUCAUCCAUAACGAUGCCUUAAAGGUGGAGCAGGAGAACCCAACCAAGAGAAGUCGUCUGACCUGUGACCUCAUCACCUCCACCCCAUCCAGUGCCAUCCCAUCAAGAAAGAGCGUCAGCCGGGUCCGCAGGAGGUGUUCCAUAGAUGGCGAUGCCAGGAACCAUGACACGAGUAAGCCGGCAAAGCCUAAUGGGAAGUUUGAAGAGGCUGGGGAUGCAAUGAGCAGUCCUCCCCGCACCACUUUGCUGGGGACUAUCUUUUCUCCUGUCUUCAACUAUUUCUCACCAGCAAACAAAAAUGUUGUGUCUGGUUCAGACUCACCGGGCCAGGCUGUGGAAGCAGAGGAGAUAGUAAAACAGCUAGAUAUGGAACAGGUGGAGGAGACCCCUACCAGUACUGCCACGUGUGUUCCGCUGUGCCCCAGUGCAAUGCCCUCUGCAGCCAUGAGACUCCCGCCCCCCAGCUACACACAGACAGAAGAGGAAGAGGAGGAAGUGACUCAUGCUGAUCUACCUCCCCUCACAGCCCCUGGAUCACCACCAGCUGCUGGGUAUGUGGAGGUCCCUGCCAGUGUUCCUAUUGAUGCCUCAUGUGAAGAGGAUUGGGAGGUGUUUGACCCGUAUUUCUUCAUCAAGCAUGUUCCUCCACUGACUGAAGAGCAGCUAACCCGAAAACCUGCUCUCCCUUUAAAGACGCGCAGCACACCAGAGUUCUCCCUAGUCCUGGACCUGGAUGAAACUCUAGUACAUUGUAGCUUGAACGAGCUGGAAGAUGCAGCACUGACUUUUCCUGUCCUUUUCCAAGAUGUCAUAUACCAGGUUUAUGUACGGUUGAGGCCAUUCUUCAGAGAAUUUCUCGAACGUAUGUCUCAAAUUUAUGAGAUCAUUCUUUUUACUGCCUCAAAGAAAGUUUACGCAGAUAAGUUGCUGAACAUUCUCGAUCCGAAGAAACAGUUGGUCAGGCAUAGGUUAUUUCGGGAACAUUGUGUCUGUGUACAGGGGAACUACAUCAAGGAUCUGAAUAUUCUUGGGAGAGACCUGUCAAAGACCAUCAUUAUUGACAACUCACCGCAAGCCUUUGCUUAUCAGCUGUCCAAUGGCAUACCAAUCGAGAGCUGGUUUGUGGACAAGAACGACAAUGAGCUUCUCAAGCUGGUUCCUUUCCUGGAGAAGCUGGUUGAGUUGAAUGAGGAUGUGCGACCACAUGUCCGUGACCGCUUUCGUCUGCAUGACCUGCUGCCUCCUGACUGAGACACAAGUGUGGACUUCUGCACUUGGACAUGAAGUAAUAAAGACGGAAAAGGCAAAACAGACAAACCCUUUUUAACAUCAUUGCCAUUACUUUUGUUUUUUGUUUUUUUUUUGUUUUUUUUUCUUGUAUUUUCCAUAUUUCCUCCAUCCCUUCAGUCAUAAAAAGAAAAAAAGAAGAGAUUUUUGAAGCAACAUUUGAAAAUAGAAUUUAUGAACUCGUAUGAAUAGAUGUAUAAAUGUAACUGCUUUAUAUGUGUAAGACCAAGAACUCUCCUUCCUCUGGGACUCACCACUAGAAGAAUUGUUUCUUCUUUUUGUGCGAAUGGAUUGAUUAUCAUGUUUUUUCAGUCAUUUGAGCCCUCAUGAAGUGAAUGUGGAAAACGUAGCUGAGAAGAGGAGGAACCAUUUUUGUUUUCUUUGGUGCUUCAACUGAACUUUUUUAACAUUCUUUGGCUAUUAGACCAACUUCAACAGGAAUGGCCAGUAAAAAGAAAAAUGCUUGUGGGUGAUGAUCGAGAUUAUGUCUGUGGGUUUGUUUUAAAUGUCUCCCUCUGCCGGAACUCAUUAUGCAUUCCUCGACAUUAGUGGGGCUUUUCUGUAGUUGUUUUUAAUUCGAUCAGUGGCUUUUGGUUUUAAUGCUACUCUUUUGCAGGUUCGCUUGUCUCUGUCUGCUAGAGUAAUUGUUUCAUUCUCAAAGAGCGUAAUGUCCAUUUUUCUGGGUUUUUUUGUUUUUGUUUUAAAAGGCUAUUCAGUGUAAUUGGGUUGUUCCCUUGCAAAGUAUGAUGGAAUUACUCUUGUCAUCUUGGGGGAAAUGUAUUUUUUUUUUUUUUUUUUUUUUUUUUU